GGGUCUAGCUUUAUUCGCUGUAUCAAACCUAAUUUAAAGAUGACAAACCACCAUUUUGAAGGAGGACAGAUUCUCUCUCAGCUUCAGUGUUCAGGAAUGGUGUCAGUCCUGGAUUUGAUGCAAGGUGGUUUCCCCUCUCGAGCUUCAUUUCAUGAACUAUAUAAUAUGUACAAGAAAUAUUUGCCUGACAAAUUGGCUCGACUGGAUCCCAGGCUCUUUUGCAAGGCACUAUUUAAAGCCUUGGGACUGAACGAAAAUGAUUACAAAUUUGGGCUAACCAAGGUGUUUUUCCGACCUGGCAAGUUUGCAGAGUUUGAUCAGAUAAUGAAGUCUGAUCCGGAUCACUUGGCAGAGCUGGUUAAACGGGUGAAUCGCUGGCUUAUCUGCAGUCGUUGGAAAAAAGUUCAGUGGUGUUCCCUCUCAGUAAUUAAAUUGAAAAAUAAGAUAAAAUAUCGAGCCAGUGCCUGCAUUAAAAUACAAAAAACUAUUCGUAUGUGGCUUUGCAAGAGAAAGCACAAACCACGCAUCGAUGGCCUGAUAAAAGUGCGUACGCUGAAGAAGAGACUUGAUAAAUUUAAUGAAGUAGUAAGUGCUCUGAAGGAGGGCAAGGCGGAGACAAGCAAGCAGGUCAAGGAGCUGGAGUAUUCUAUUGAUGCUUCAAUGACCAAAAUUAAGACCACUAUAAUGACUAGGGAACAGAUACAGAAAGAAUAUGAUGCUCUGGUUAGAAGCUCAGAGCAGCUUCUGAGUGCACUGCAAAAAAAGAAACAGCAAGAGGAGGAAGCAGAGAGGCUACGACGUAUCCAAGAGGAAAUGGAAAAAGAAAGAAAGAGACGUGAAGAGGAAGAACGACAACGAAGGAAGGAAGAAGAGGAAAGACGUCUGAAAUCUGAGAUUGAAGCAAAGAGAAAACAGGAAGAGGAAGAGAGGAAAAAGAGGGAAGAGGAAGAAAAGCGUAUUCAGGCAGAAAUUGAGGCUCAGCUGGCCAGAGAACGGGAAGAGGAAACCCAGCACCAGGCAGUGCUUGAACAGGAGCGUCGUGAUCAUGAACUUGCAAUGAGAAUUGCCCAGAGUGAGGCAGAACUCAUCAGUGAUGAGGCUCAGCUUGAUUUAGGAUUGCGCAGAGCCAAUGGAACAAAGCUGCAAAUGACUGCGGAACAAAUGGCCACAGAAAUGUCAGAAAUAUUGUCUAGGGGUCCUGCAGUUCAAGCCACAAAAGCUGCUGCUGGUACUAAGAAGCAUGAUCUCAGCAAGUGGAAAUACGCAGAGCUUCGCGAUACAAUCAACACAUCCUGUGAUAUUGAACUGUUGGCGGCUUGCAGAGAAGAGUUUCACCGGCGACUAAAGGUGUAUCAUGCUUGGAAGUCCAGGAAUAAGAAACGCAAUGCAGAAACAGAGCAGCGUGCUCCCAAAUCAGUCACAGACUAUGCUCAACAGAACCCGACAGCCCAGCUGCCGGCCAGACAGCAAGAGAUCGAAAUCAACAGGCAGCAGCGGUACUUCCGCAUUCCCUUCAUCCGCCCCGCGGACCAGUACAAAGACCCCCAGAACAAGAAGAAGGGGUGGUGGUACGCGCACUUCGACGGGCCGUGGAUUGCUCGGCAGAUGGAGCUUCAUCCUGACAAGGCUCCCAUUCUCCUUGUGGCGGGUAAGGAUGAUAUGGAUAUGUGUGAGCUUAACCUGGAAGAGACUGGCUUAACCCGAAAGCGAGGUGCUGAAAUAUUGCCCAGACAGUUUGAAGAAAUCUGGGAGCGCUGCGGGGGUAUCCAGUACCUCCAGAACGCGAUUGAGAGCAGACAAGCUCGCCCCACGUACGCCACAGCCAUGCUGCAGAACCUGCUGAAGUAAAUGGGCGUUUGCACAGCAGCGUUUGAGACGAGAACCCUCGCCCGCGAUUCAAAGGGAAGAGCUCCUCUGUGCAACGGGGGACGUCAACCUGCUAUAAUCACGUUAGAGAUGUUUAAUAUAAAGUGAACAGAUUUUAUUAAUCAU